AUGGUGGAAUUGCUGUUGUUGGCCAACUGCAUUGAGUUUAACAUUCCAUUUUAUGUUAAUUUCAUUGAUUUUAAGGCAGCGUUUGAUUUCAUCAGAAGAGAGUUUAUUUGGUCAAGCAUGAGACACUACGGACUUCCUGAGAAAUAUGUUAGAAUCUUUCAGGCAUUCUUCAACGGAACCAUGAGUGCUGUCAGGGUUAAUGGUGAAAUGUCUGAUUGGUUCUCUGUUAAUUCGGGCACUGGACAGGGUGAUAUCCAGGGCCCUCCUGUAUUUAAUUUUUGGCUGAACUUUGGAAUCUUUUUGGCCAAGGUUCACAAGGCAAUCAGUCAUGGUGCUGUACUGCAAAAGGAACUAAAGGGUGCAGAUGAAAAUGUUAUCAUGGAUAGUGACUACGCUGAUGAUCUGGCAGUGAUGGACAAUACUGAAGAGCCACUGAUAUUAUCCCUUAUUACACCUUUUAUGCUGGGUUAA